AUGGCGGGAAAGGCAAUACCUGACAAAUCGGCCACACAGGCCAAAAAGAACGAGGGCAAAAUCAGGUUGCCGCGAAGCGCAGCCGUGGUAAUUACGAGCGCCGGCGGAGAAUAUGAGGAGCUCCUAAAGGAAGCAAGGAGCAACAUUAACUUAGCCGAACUCGGCAUUACGAAGGGGCUGAAGCCAAAGAGAGCCAUGACCGGGGGUCUUAUCAUCGAGAUCCCCGGAAGUGGAAAUUCCGACAAGGCGGACAAAUUGGCGGAACGGUUGACCCAAUUGUUCGAGGGGAGAUCCGACGUGAAGGUAUCCAGACCCAUGAAGACUGCGGAGAUCAGGGUUCUCGAUCUUGACGAUUCGGUUACCGCGGAGAAUCUGGCAGAGGCCAUUGCGGAGUUGGGCGGCUGCUCACGGGCUUAG